CCUCAUUGGCAUGUUGACAAGAAUCGCCGUCGUAGUGGCUUGCGUAGGCCAGGAUGUAUAUAAAGUUCACUCUCGAGCAGUUUAGUCGCGAGUUCAGCUGUUUUUGAGGAGUUUACAAUAGCCGCAAAUAUUCGAGCGAGAAUGGGACUGAAGACGCUAGCAGUUCAAGUGCUCUUCGUCGUCGUGGUGGCUGUGAUUGUUGCCGAGGCGAAGAAAGAUUUGGACCUGGCUCAACCUAAAAAGUGCGGGCCGCAACGAGGAGUGGAAGGCGUGCCAGAGCAGCAGCUGUGCCGAAACCACCUGCCAGAGGCCCACCAUUGGACCAGCCUGCACGUACGACUGUCUCUCCUCGUGCUUCUGUCGCCAAGGCUUCUUCAGGAAUGGCCAGGGCGCCUGCGUCACCAGGGACAAGUGCCCAUGAGCCUUCACAAGAGUGAAACUUCAGAAGAAGGCGGAGGCGGGAAGCGAUCGACAGUGGCCGAACGAAGACACGUUUCAUAA